AUGGAGUUCAAGACGCUCCCCACUUUCGAGAGCAUUGGUGGUGCUCUUGGGAGAUUAAUAUCGGUGGAUCUUGAGCUCUCAAGAGUUCAAGUAGUAGUGGAUGGUUUUCAACAACUCUGUUUGGAGACCACUGUGGAUUUCAAAGGAGGAGAGUUUUAUGAUGGGGAGGAAGCGACGAUCACUCUACGGUACGAGAAGCUGUUUCAAUUUUGCUCAAUCUGUGCUAGUUUGUGCCACAAGGAUGAGAAGUGUCCUCUUGCUCCACCAGCGGUGAAGCAGAGUCCAGAGAGGAAAAGGGAGAAGAGAGAUGGUAAUAGCGGGUGGUUUGAAGGUGGCAAGCACGAGGAGAGGGCCAGGAGUUACAAGGGUGUUGUCAUAAACGGGAAUACCGGAAACCAGCAGAAGGAAAGAGAUGGGAGAGAGUAUUAUGGUAAGGGUAAAGGGAAGAUGGUGGAAGAGAAUGAUCACAAUUGGAGGCGUGUAGCUGAGAAAGGGAACAAGAACUCACUUAAUAACCGGGGAAAUUACAGAGGGGAUGGAGAGGGGUCUAGGCAGAGAAUGCCACGUAGAGAGGACGAAAGAGGAGUUGCUCAGGAGGAAAGGGGUAGGGGGAUACCUGGAAAAGUAAUUGGACAAGCAGGAGAUCAACUUGUAAUGAGAGGAUCUUGCGUGGAAGAACGGGAGGAGGGGGAACUACAAUGUUCGGAAGCUAAAGUGGGCAAAGGUAAUAAGCUCGUUGAGAUAGUCCAACAAGAUGUACCUUCCCUUGAGUUCCAAGAGGAGCUUGCUAAGACUCAAGCUACAGGAGCAGCUGUCAUCUCGGAUCCAAUGGACACUGAGAGUGGGUUACAAGCAGUGAAUAGUUUGAUAGGAAAUGUCACUGACGUUGAUGAUGGUGGGGAUACGGAUCGGAUCAUGGAUAUGGAUGAGAUAAGGGCGGUUUUUCUAGAGCAUGGUGUGGACAUGGACGCGGCUGAUCUUGAGGAAUGUUCUGAAGGGGAGAUGGCUGAAGCAUUGAGAGAGUUAGAGCAGGCAAGUGGAGAGGAGAAUCGCGAGGUUGAAGAAGUGACUAAUAUUGAGGCUGAGAAGGAUAUGGCUGAUGGUGAUGUGGGAAAGAAAAAUGGAUCUCGUAAGAUUUUGUUCAAGCCGACGAUAAGCACUGUAGCUAGUACAAAAAUGAGACUUGCCAAGGCUUUGGCUUCCCCACGCAAAAGGACUGUAGGUAAAACUGGAACUCGCCAUGGUGAACCUGGUAAGCAGAUGGAGAAUAAGGGCCCCUCAAUCCCGAAGCUGGUACCUCCUAAACCAUAA